GGUCAAAGUUAAAACGCUUACCAUGCACGAUGUGAAGAACCAAAGCGUGCAAACUGAUGUGGCCACGUUUAUUCAAUUCGUUAUACUUUCUGUUAUUUAGUUGUUGUGUUUGUGUUAACGUCGGAAUAUGUCUCCAAAGAAGAAGCAUGGGUCAAGUCAUCAAUUGAUCCAUUUGAUCUAUCGACAUUUGAAGGAAAACGGCUUUCAGAAAGCUGCAGAAGAACUCAAAAAGCAUGUGAAGGGUGGAGAACCAGAAGCCUUGUCAACUUCACUACUGGACAUCUACAAUAAAUGUGCUUCCAAGAGUACAAAGACUGGCACAGAACCGGAUUCUUCUGAGUUAAAAAAUAACCGUCAAGCAGACCCUGAAAGCAGCACAGAGAGCUCGAGUUCAGCAGAGGAAGAAACAACACCUGUUAAAGCCUCCCAGACCCCAAAGCCUCAGAGCUCAGCUAAGGCCAGCCCAACUAAGGCCCAGACUGCAGUGCAGAUGACUCUUGGAGGGAAGGGGACAGUAGUGGAGGAGAUCUCUGGGACAGACAGCUCAGAGGACUCUGAGAGUGAUGAGACACCGCCACAAAAAAGCCCUGCUACGCCCAAAGCCAAUCAUGUUCCAGCUGCAAAGAUCAAGGCCGUGUCAGAGGUCACACCAUCGACCCCAACCAAGGCCAAGUUAACAACCACUUCCACGCCUAAAUCUGGGGCCUCCAGCAAUACCACUGAUACGUCAUCAGACAGGAAAGAGGCAACAACAGUGAAAACACCUGCCACACCUACAUCUACAGCAUUCGACUCAUCCAGUUGCAGCAGUGAAUCGUCAGAUAGCGAUGAGGAGAGUCCCGCGGUGAAAACACCCACAACACCAAAAGCAACACCUGCAAAACCGGUAACACCAAUUAGUAAAAUAACAUCAACGGCCAAGCCAACAACCAAGUCGAAGACUACAGUGCCCGAGGCUUCCAGUGACAGCUGUGAUUCAUCAUCAGAAAGUGAAGAGGAAGGUCCAACAGUGAAAACUCAGACAGCAACAUCAACAGCCAAGAUGAAAGCACCUCCGGGUACCCCAGUUAAACCAGUGGUUGCUGCCACUCCAAGCAAGACCCCAGCUAGUAAGGAGUCCAGUGACAGCAUUGAUUUGUCAUCAGACAGCGAAGAGGACAGUCCAGCAACGGAAGCAGCCACAACACCGGCGAAACCCGCUAAAAACGCUGCCCCGGCUAGAGCAGCGACUGUUGCCCCUCCAUGCAAGGCCACGGCAACAGCCACUGUCACAGCCAAGACUACAACAGCAGAGUUAUCUGGUGACAGCAGUGAUUCGUCAGACAGUGAAGAGCAGGUUCCAUCGGUGACAACAGCUGCAACACCGACAGCUACAACGGGGAAGCAAACAAAACCAACAUCAACAGCCAGGAGGAAAGCCCCUCCGGCUACCCCACUUAAACCAGUGGUUGCUGCCACUCCAAGCAAGACCCCAGCUAGUAAGGAGUCCAGUGACAGCAUUGAUUUGUCAUCAGACAGCGAAGAGGACAGUCCAGCAACGGAAGCAGCCACAACACCGGCGAAACCCGCUAAAAACGCUGCCCCGGCUAGAGCAGCGACUGUUGCCCCUCCAUGCAAGGCCACGGCAACAGCCACUGUCACAGCCAAGACUACAACAGCAGAGUUAUCUAGUGACAGCAGUGAUUCGUCAGACAGUGAAGAGCAGGUUCCAUCGGUGACAACAGCUGCAACACCGACAGCUACAACGGGGAAGCAAACAAAACCAACAUCAACAGCCAGGAGGAAAGCCCCUCCGGCUACCCCACUUAAACCAGUGGUUGCUGCCGCUCCAAGCAAGACCCCAGCUAGUAAGGAGUCCAGUGACAGCAUUGAUUUGUCAUCAGACAGCGAAGAGGACAGUCCAGCAACGGAAGCAGCCACAACACCGGCGAAACCCGCUAAAAACGCUGCCCCGGCUAGAGCAGCGACUGUUGCCCCUCCAUGCAAGGCCACGGCAACAGCCACUGUCACAGCCAAGACUACAACAGCAGAGUUAUCUAGUGACAGCAGUGAUUCGUCAGACAGUGAAGAGCAGGUUCCAUCGGUGACAACAGCUGCAACACCGACAGCUACAACGGGGAAGCAAACAAAACCAACAUCAACAGCCAGGAGGAAAGCCCCUCCGGCUACCCCACUUAAACCAGUGGUUUCUGCCACUCGAAGCAAAACCCCAGCUAGUAAGGAGUCCAGUGACCGCAUUGAUUUGUCAUCGGACAGUGAAGAAGAGGGUCCGGCACCGAAAUCAGCCGUGACAACAGCCCCUCCUGCUAACCCAGCUAAAGCUGCGGCUGUUGCCACUCCAAGCAAGCCUAAGGCAACAGCCACUGUCACCACCAAGACUACAAAACCAGGGUCAUCUAGUGACAGCAGUGUUUCAGCAACAACAACAGCGGCAAGACCGAAAGAUACACCAGUGAAGCAAUCAAAACCAACAUCAACAGCAAGGACGAAAGCCCUUCCCAGUACCCCAGUUAAACCAAUGGUCGCUGCCACUCCAAGCAAGACCCCAGCUAGAAAGGAGUCCAGUGACAGCAGUGAUUUGUCAUCAGACAGCGAAGAGGACAGUCCAGCAACGAUAACAACCUCAAAACCACAAACUACACCAGUGACGCCAGCGAAACAAGCGAAACUGAAAGCAACAUCAAAAGCCAAGACGAAAGCCACUCCUGCUACUCCAGCUAAGCCCGUGGUUGCUGCUACCCCAAGCAAGGCCCAGGCAACGCCCACUGUCACACCUACAAGUUCAGCACCAGAGUCGUCCAAUGACAGCAAUGACUCACCAUCAGACACCCCAGCAAAGCAUGCUGAGGUUCAACUUAAGACCCCUGCUUCAGCUAAGAAGGCCCAGAGUGGGGGAAAGGGAAAUAAAUCUGCUUCUAAGGACCUGCUCCUACUGCUGAACAGUCUUACUUCACCCACAGCGAAAGCCAUUGAGAAGAAGAGUGUCCGUAGUGGAGACUCCUCCGUUGAGGAAACUCCAGCUGUUACAGCAACACCUGCUGUUGCUCCAGCCACAAAUAAAGGAAAGCAGGUGGCUGCAAAAGACAAGAAAGCAACCUCAUCGAAGAAAGCACAAGCCUCAGCUCCAUCAGCCAAGAGGAAAAGAGGUGAAGACAAACCAGGGGACACACCCGUUAAAGGCAAAAAGAAGAAGCCCUCGCCUGAGACUGUCAUGGCUGCCCUGCCUAUGACCGUUCUUGGUCCUCCUCCUACAGGGGGAGACGACUCUGGCUCGGACUCUGACUCCGAUCUGGACGUGGAGAAGUGGAAGAGACUGGCACUGGAACUAUCAGACACAAACAUCACCAAAAUGGACGCCAUCACUGCGCUGAACGCCUCACCUGCUCCUGCCUCAGCAGCGAAGAAAACAAGAGCGCCGACGAAGCCCAGGGCUAAAGCUGCAUCGAAGAUACCUAAACCCAAGGCUGGCGCUGCAGUGGAAAAGUCUAGUGCUGCUGAAAAAGUCAAGACUACAGCUGAAAAGGAAGAUGGGAAUGGGAAGACCAAGACAUCUGCAAAAGCCACUAAAGCCAAGUCCAGUCAGGCUAAGAAGGCAGCACCUCCCACCCCAUCAGUCAAAGACAAACAGCCACCCACCAUGCCUGCUACCCCAACACCUAAUAGAGAAACGUCAGCCAGGAAAAGGAAGAGGAAUAGGAAAAAUAAUAACAAUAAGACUAAAGCGGAUGACAAUUCACCACAACCUCAAAAGAAGAAAAGGGAAACCGGCGAAGAGAAGACGGAUGAAAAGAAAAAUGAGACUGUAGAAGAGAAGGAACCAGGGAAGGAAAAGAAGAGGACGACUAAGGAGAAUGGUGCAAAAAAGGAGAAGGGAACGAAGAAGAAACAGGAGGAGAUAAGAAAGGAGAAUGAGACUAAGAUGGAACUGGAAAAGGAUAAGAAGAAGAAAACGAAUGAGAACUGUGUUGACAAGGAACCACCACCUCCAUCCACCACAGUAACACCUGAUUCUCCAACAGAGAAGAAAAGGAUUAAAAAGCUGAAACUCUCAAAGACUGCAGUGUCUGAGAUGCCAGCCACACCUGCCCAAGACUCCAUCCCUGUACAGCACCCUCCAGCACCCACAGAGACCCCACCUAAAAAGAAAAAGAAAUAAUCUAAGAGUAAGUAAGGCCUUCAGAGAUGAAGACCAUCUAAAAGGGGCCUCUCAAGUGUAUGUGGACCUGGACCCAUUCUACCUAAAUGACAGUGCAGCAACAACGGGUAAAGACUGUCUGUCCACAGAAUGGUCUCCCUGGACCAGAUCUAUUUUUUAUUACAUUGUAUACUGUAACAAAUGAACUCUUUUCCCGUUUUGCUAAAGUGGAAAGUGUUUUUUUUAGCCAAUUUGUUUAUCUAUUUUUUAAAACUGUAAGUGCAUGGCCUGUACAGGUUCUGUUUUCCUAUUUGAAGAUGGCCGCAGCUGUUUUUAUGUUACUGUACAUUUUAAUUAUGGUGUUUUCUUGCAUGUCCUUGUGACAGCGAAAAAAAACAGAAUGAUUUACGGAAAUGUUACGUUUACGACAGCUUCUGCUGCUUUGCCUCACAUGGUGGAUAAGGCCGAUCCUAAGUGGAGGGAAUGAUCAGAGGAACCUCAAUACAGUAAUGCCAUUGUUUAACCCUUACACCCUAGUAAUGAAUGCAUAAUAUGGAAAUAUUUGAGAUACUACUAGGAUUUUUCAUGGUCAGAUGUGUUUACUGUAUCUUUUUCACAAAAUUAAGUAAUUUUUCCACA